GCUGCUGAUCGAGGAAGUGCAGUGUCCAGAGCAGUGCAGUGGUAGAACAGCGCGGCAGGUAUCGUCUUUUCUCCUGUUUUUCGUUCGUGGAUAGGAUGUCAAACCAUUUGGAGGUGAUAUGCAUUAUCCUGGUGGCAAGUAUAUCUUGCCUCCAUGGAUCUCCUGUUAAACCUGUCUUCAAGGACCACUACCAUGCUUCAGGUUAUGUCAGACUGCCUUAUGCUGAACUCAAUGAACCAUUUGAGAUAUUCUUUCAGGGAGCUAAGAACAGGAGUAGAAUUGACUUCUACAGUGGCAUGGACAAGAUCUACAACCGGGGUGACGAGGGGAAUUAUGGGAAUGUCUACAAGAUUUCUCCUGCUACCCUGAAAGAUGUACGUACUCUCGAGAGUUGUUUCCUGAUUCCCGGUGAGAAGGGUGCUUCAGUCUUGCCUCAGGGUAUGCUGCCUAAUCUAACUUACUUCACAUACUUGUCCAGCGGUAUGAGAAAUGGGCGGAGCGUAGACCUAUGGCAGAACAAAACCACAACAACCUACAACAACCGCUCUCGCACCAGUACAUACACAUUUGCCGUUACGACCACCACACCUCCACGGCCCGUUCAGUACGUCAUGAUGGGAUUUGAUAGUCUGCUUGGCUCACAUUAUGAUGAAUAUAUCAUUGAUUUUAACUUCUUUGAUGAAAACACUGAGAUCUCAGAAGACACGUUCACCAUCCCUAAAAAUUUGACGUGUAAGGGAUUCCCAGGGCCGGGUAUUGAGCAUAAGAUAAAAGGUAACCCAAUGAAAGAGAUGGUGAAUCCUGAACUAGGAGAUCGAUAUCAUCAACUCUUUGAUGAAUUCAAGCAGAAGUAUGGCAAGACAUACAAGUCUGACGUGGAGCAUGUUGAACGCAAGGGUCACUUCACUAAGAAUGUGAGAAUGAUCCAUUCCAUCAAUCGAGCCAACCUGGGAUACGUUCUUGGUAUAAACCAUCUAGCCGACCAAUCACAUUAUGAGUUGAAGAGAAUGAAAGGUCGUCUCCGACAAACCCAACCUAACAAUGGUUUCCCUUACACUGGUUCUGACAUUCCUGAUGAUGCUAUACCAGAUCAUAUUGACUGGAAUGUGAGAGGAGCUGUGAGUCCAGUAAAGGAUCAGGCUGUGUGUGGAUCAUGCUGGAGUUUUGGAUCAGCUGAAACUAUAGAGGGGGCUGUUUUCAUGAAGUACGGUGAGCGAGUACGGCUCUCACAGCAGAUGUUAAUGGAUUGUACAUGGGCUGUAGGUAACAAUGGAUGUGAUGGUGGCGAAGAAUGGAGGGUUUAUGAAUGGCUUAUGAAGAACGGAGGUAUUCCAUUGGAAGAGACCUAUGGUCAUUACCUUGGACAGAAUGGUAGAUGCCACUAUGACAAGUCUAUGGCCAAGGCUAGCAUCAAGAAAUACUUCAAUGUCACAUCUGGCGAUCAGAAAGCUCUGAAGAAAGCCUUAGCAACCAAAGGACCUAUUGCAGUCGGCAUUGAUGCUGCCGUUCCAUCAUUCAGUUUCUACUCGUAUGGCACAUAUUAUGAUAAUGCAUGUGGCAAUACUACAGAUGAUCUAGACCAUGCUGUUCUGGCCGUUGGCUACGGGACUGAUAGUGAUGGACAGGAUUAUUGGUUGAUCAAGAACUCCUGGUCUACCCAUUGGGGAAACAAUGGCUAUGUCACCAUCAGCAUGAAGGAUAACAAUUGUGGUGUUGCGACAGCCGCUACGUAUGUAGAACUAGAAUAAAUCAAUGGUUGCUAUGGUGACCCGACAUUGGCCCCUGCUUCAUCUGCUCCUGUCUAGAUAUCUUGGUAGUCAUAACAUAAGGGUUAGUGCUGUGGUGGGUUACAUGUUCAGAAUGAUGGUUGUGAUAAGGUUUAAGUAAUGUACAUAUUUUACAUUGGAGCAGUUAUCAAUAUACCCACCUCUACUGAACGCACAGAAACAUUGUUUACGCUAACAAUACGCUAACAGAGGCCCUGUCACAACUCGUAAUGUGGCAGCGAUGCCUAAUGUUAUAACAAUGCAUUACUCACACAUUGAAAUGUUUUGACAUUCAAAAGAUGUGGCUGGGCUUAUUGUUAGCACUCUGCUAGGCUCACAACAUUUCUGUGGCUAGCACAGAUGAAUAGCAUUCUUUACGGAUCAACCCCAGUGAGACUUCUACAAUGUUAAAGUUAAAUCCCUCAAUCAAUAAUAUGUAAACAUAUUUUUGCUUAAUUACUAAAUAGCUCUGUUGCAACUGUGAAAACAUGUUGAAUAGAAUAAUUUGGAAACUGUAUAUUUACCAUAUGAUAUCCUACAUGUAUCACAAAUGAGUCAUUUGAUAAUGUCAUAUGAUAGGAAUAGGGUUGAAAGCUUUCAUCUUUAUGCUUCAAAAUCUGUUCAUAUAUUACAAUUGUGUAUGUAUAUAUAAGUGUCAAAGAAUGCUCAAAGAGUUGAAUUUCAACAUUCUUUCCUUUAGAUCUUUCUUCAAAACAUGCAAUCAAAUAUUGUGCAAUCAGUAUGUCGGUCAAUG